AUUAGGAUCAGGAUACUGCAUCGAUGUGUACAUGCACAUGCGCAUGUAAAUGUCCUGGCAGCAUAAGUUUGGGCUUUGACCGACGACGACAGCUCGCGUAUCCGACUUAGAGGAUUCGAUGUCCUUAAUUGACACGGAGCAAUGGUAUUCACGAGAAAAGUCAAGGAUCGCCAAGAAGGCACUGCAAAGUAGAGAGCGAGUCUACAAUUUGCUGGUGCCCGACCCUGCUGAUUCUGGCUGGACAGCCGUGGAGCUACAGCAGCCGCUGACGCUAUACAAAGUUGUAUCAUCUGUCAAGGGUGCCCUUGUGUCAACGUACGAUGGAGUGACGCGAUACGAGCUUGGGCGCUGGACGCGUGCGAAGGCUGGUGCGGCAGGCUGGCCGCCCCUGGAUGCUUGCUUCUUUGGGGCGCAGGUGGAAAGCAAGGCUCUGUCAGCACGAUUCCCAGCUAACAGCAAGCACCUGGACGCACCCAAGGUGCUAGUGAAGUUUGAGGCACACGGCAAAUCGUACUACCACUCGGAAAGCGGUUGGUGGCGCGUGCCCAACGUGCGCCCGGUCAGUCUGCUGCCCAUCUCGAGGGAGCAGGCGACGGAGGUGAUGCACCGGGCGUCCCAGGCCGCGGCGGCAGCGGAGCGCGGCGCCGCGACGGCGACCGCCGCCAGGGCGCCCUGGCUGCCCUGUUAGUGGUGGAUGGAGCAUCACAGGGCACGGGUUGCGGCAGGAGCGCCGGUGAUUACGUUGGCGUGUCGGCGUCUUCGGGAG